AUGUUUCUUUUCGAAGUCGGGAAGAUCCUUGACGUGCGAAUGGGUGACUACGCGAAGAGUGUAACGGAGAAUACUUCCCUCAAGUUCACGAAGGCCGCGCUUGGUUUACGGCAACAGCUAAACGCACAGGUCAAUACAAAGGGACGGACGGGUGGAGGGGCCGGUAGUGGCGGAGCAGAGGGAGGUGUACAGGGGGACAGGGCCGCUGGAGGGGGUAAGGGGGACCUUGCUAAGCGCCGAAAGGGGGGGGGGAUGUCCGGGGCAGAGAUUAGGGACAGAUGCACUACAAAACAACUUGUCGUGCUCAUGAAAGCCGCAGAGAUUCCGAAGGGCACUGUAAACUCAAGAGAAGAGGAUCUCCUCGAUCAUCUGGAGACGUUUGUGUGUGGGUUCAGGCAGGAACCGGUUGGAGGGGCAGGCCCCAACGUGACGGGGACUGGGCUAGCCGGAGGAGGAUGCGGGGGGCGUGGUUGUGAGAACGCGGGUGAGGGCAACACCUUGACAGGUAGUGGGGAGAUGGCCUCUGCCGGUGGUGAUUUGACGACGGAAGAAGUUCCUACGCAGGACGGAAUGGACCACGACGAUUUCCUUUCCCGACCGAUUGCAAUGGAUAUCUCACUGUCGGCUUUGGAGGGGGCGGGUGUGUCUAGCGGGAGUGGUUCUUGAUCAAGUUUCCAAGACAGAAGGUGAAGGUUGGGCUUCGGUGGCGCCGGCUUUCGUUUUCUCAUACUGUACUUCAAUAUUCAGGGAUCAUAACUAACAACAUAUUCG